CGAAAAAGAAAAAGAAAAAAAAACAAAAAAACAACUGGAGAAGAAAUCUCUUGUGUGAUUGUUCUUCGGUCAUCCGCUCCAGCCGUUUCUUAUUUUCGUGAAGGAUUUUUUUGGUUUUUUUGUUUGCCGUGUCGUUCAAUUAAAUCAAUAAAAAAAAAAACAUAACAAAGUGAUUCGGAUUAUUCUCGAGUUGUGCUGAAGAACCUCCGUUUUCAACACCAUCCAUCAAGGUGCGUGGUGAUUCUUACGCGCGUAUCUAAAACCAACCGAGAAGAAAACGAAACAAAACAAAAAGAUGUUCGUGUGGAGGUUAUUGCUGGUCACCGCCUUCAUCGGCGCGGUGGUCCUAGCCGCUGAGGAAGUCAAGAAGAGCGAAGAGAAACCCGCCGACAAGCCCAUCGUCGUCGCGGAAAAGGUGAUCGAGAAAACGGCAGACAUUGUUCAACCGGCAGAUAAAACCGUAGCGGCAACAGCGCAAAAGGAUCCAGCGGUUAGCUCUUCGGCCGGAGCGCCAGCGGCAGUUCCAGCGGCUCCUGCGGCCGCUGCUGCCAAAGCGGCGCCGGUUAAAGUCGCUCAGAAUCGUGUGGCCGUAAUUGACGCUGUCGAAGGCGAAGAAGAGGAGGAGGAAGCGGAGGAAGAAGAGGAAGAGCCACACGCUUCGGCUUUGCACGCAGAACAUCGUGAAGCUGUUGACGAGGAAGAGGAGGAAGAAGAUCAAUUGGCUUUGGAGACGUCCAACGUCCAGGAGAAGGACGGAGCUGGACACGGACACCAUCAUCAUGAACACGGUCCAGCUUACGCUACCGGUGGAUCCCAACAUUACCACGGCAAACAACAAGGUCCGAUUCCUGUGCCAUUGCCCGUUCCAGUUCAUCCAGCAUCGGUCGUUUUGCCCACGUUGCCUAAACAGCAAUACAACCCUCCGGCCCAGUACAAAGCUCCUCCGCCGAGCCCGUACAUCCCUUCGGCUUCCGCUCCCGCUCCGGCUUACCAGUCCGUUCCUCCUCCACCUCCACCACCUGGACCUCAACCCGCCUAUUCGGCUCAACGACCCGUCUACUCUCAGGUACCACCUCCGCCCAGGCCGCAAUAUCAGCCUCAACCGCAGCCUGCCUACCAACCACCUCCACCUCCGCCAGCUCAACCUAUCUACGCUCCUGCCCCUCAGCCAUCGUACCAACCUCCUCCCCCACCUCCACCACAGCCUUCUUACCAACCCCCUCCCCCACCUCAGGCUCAGCCAUCUUACCAGCAGACGGCGUUCCAACCACCUCCACCACCACCAUCCUACCAGCCACCCGCGCAGGCUUACCAACCUCCUCCACCACCUCCACCGGCCGAGAGGAACUCGUAUGGACCGACUAGCGCUCCUUCUCUGCCCGAAGCGGCCCAGCAAGUCCAACAGUACCGACCUGAAGCCACCGUCGCCCUUCCGGCCCAGAACGCUCCAUCCGACCCUUGGCCAGCUCCAGUCCAGGACAUGCCUCGCAUCGUCUCCCUGGACGUCAAAUGCGAAAAGAACUUGAUGAAGGUCUUCAUUGAAUUCGACAAGCCCUUCAACGGCGUCAUCUUCUCCAAGGGACACUACGCCAACGCCAACUGCGUCCACCUGCCGGCCGGUUUGGGCCGCACAUCGGCCAAUUUCGACGUCAGCAUCAACACUUGCGGUACAACUGGGAACACGGAGAACGGCCUCUACGGCUAUGGAUCUCAGGCCGGUUCAGGAACAUUCUUCGAGAACACCAUCAUCGUCCAGUUCGACCCACAAGUCCAGGAAGUCUGGGAUCAGGCCCGCAAAUUGCGCUGCACUUGGCACGAUCAGUACGAGAAGUCCGUCACUUUCCGGCCGUUCCCCGUCGAUAUGUUGGACGUCGUCCGAGCUGAUUUUGCCGGAGACAACGUCGGAUGCUGGAUGCAGAUCCAAGUCGGAAAGGGCCCGUGGGCUUCUGAAGUCUCCGGUUUGGUCAAGAUCGGUCAGACGAUGACCAUGGUCCUGGCCAUCAAGGACGACGACAGCAAGUUCGACAUGCUCGUCCGCAACUGCAUGGCCCAUGACGGCAAACGCGCGCCAAUCCAAUUGGUCGACCAGCGAGGUUGCGUCACCCGACCCAAACUCAUGUCGCGCUUCACCAAGAUCAAGAAUUUCGGCUCUUCCGCCUCCGUCCUCUCUUACGCUCACUUCCAGGCCUUCAAAUUCCCCGACUCGAUGGAAGUCCACUUCCAGUGCACCAUCCAAAUCUGUCGCAACCAGUGCCCGGAUCAGUGCGCAGGAUCUGAGCAAUACUCGGCCGCUUCGUCAUUGUCAGCCAGCGAGCCGAGGAAUCCUUACAACAGGAUCGGAGCGGUGGCCAGCAGACCGCGAGCUGAAGAUCAGGAUGGCAUCCAAAGAUCGCCGAGAAGUCAGCGCGAUGUCAGCGCCUCUGAACAAGAGUCGACACCCGGAGAGCAACAAGACGUCGGCAUCAACCGGAUCAUCCAGGUUGUGUCGACUGGCGAUUUGACUUUCGCUCUGGAGCAGUCCAGCGACAACACGACGACGAUCGUCUUCCCGUCGCGCUCCGAGACCGAAGGUCUCAUCUGCAUGACGUCGCCGGGCUUCGCGGCCACGUUGGUCGUCCUCCUGGCCAUCUUGAUCAUCUCUUGCUUGUUGUCCGCUUUCUUGUGCAUCCGCCACCGGGCUUUCGGCGUCGACCGAUCCUUAGUCUCCGCCUUCGCCAAUCCAGCUUUCGCCCACAAAAAGGGACACUUUUAAAAGGUUUCGAAAAUAAUCGCAUCAUUCGGUCAGAGACGCAAUUAUUAUAAAACAAUUAGUUUGGGAGGGGGGACUUUGUUUGACGAUCCAGCUAGUUUGGAUCACGGACGUGACGCGCAUCUCUUAAUCAAAUGGACUUGCGCGCAACACUAUCAAAAGACGCUUUUUUUUAAGCACAGCACACGGACACAGACACGAGUAUACACAAGACGUUUUUUUUAUUUAAUUUAUAUUUGUUUUUUUGACGAUUGGACAAACACGAAUUCACGCACAGACUUUCUUUUGACAUUUACGGGGGACAGUUUGUUUUGACGACCCUUUUUUUUUUUUUUUUUUGGACGAGACGCAUCACAUCACGGGUGACAUUUUCUCUGGAGCCUACUAUUUAAAAAAAAAGAAUGAGAAUUUCACUUUUCUUUAAGUUAAUUCCUUUUCAUUAUACAUUUUCAAAUAAAAAUGGAAAAGACACAA